AUGACGAAGAGAUACGGCGGUGAGAGGCAAGAGCAGAGCUGGGCGCAGCAGGUUGAGGAAACAUCAGAUGGUGCUGCCGGAACGUGCUGCUCCUACUUCCUUGUCCCAUCGAUUCUGGGUUUGGAGACAGUUUCAUCCUCUCUGUACAAUCUAAACCGGGCGGCGCAAGUGGCCUUCCCCGGCGAAGAGAUACUGGCGAGAGCUAAGAGCUUCUCCUAUGCCUUCUUGCGAGAGAAACAAGCUGCACACCAGCUGCUCGACAAAUGGAUCAUCACCAAGGAUUUUCCCGGGGAGGUGGAGUAUGCUCUGGAUUUCCCCUGGUACGCGAGCCUACCUCGCGUUGAGGCAAGACUCUACUUGGAGCAGUAUGGAGGGGGAAGUGAUAUUUGGAUUGGCAAGACUCUCUACAGGAUGCCUCUGGUAAACAAUGAUAUGUAUUUGGAGUUGGCUAAGUUGGACUUUAACCAUUGCCAAGCUCACCAUCAGCUGGAGUGGCUCUAUCUUCAAAAGUGGUACGAGGAGGCAGGCCUUGGAUGGCAUGGUGUGAGCAGAAGAACCCUGUUGGAGGACUUAUUCUUAGCAGCCUCUUGCAUAUUCGAACCCGAACGCAAGACUGAGAGGUUGGGUUGGGUUCGAACCCUGGUUUUCUCGAAGGCCAUUUCAGCCUACUUUGGCAGGGACUCAUGCACUGAUACUAUGAGACAAGCACUGAUACUGAACUUCCUCAAUGUUGAUGACUGUUACAGCAAUGAGCAUGGCACCAACAGGUUCUAUUGA